GGGGGCGUGACGGACGCGCCCUUAACUCGCUCGGGUCCAGCAGCGGACCUGCAAGGCCGGUUCUUUGGGCGGGGUAGAAGUGCUACCCUUAGGAGCCACCUGAGUGCCGCUGCACUGAGUCUAAGCUGGGAGCCUGCGGCCCGUUGAAGUGGCAGGUUGCACUGCAGAAAUGGUUGCAGCUUAGGACUCCUUCUUUCUACGUUGUCUCGGGGGUCGCCGGCGCCCUUUCUGGUUCCUUAGCGCUUGAAUCCUGGGGGCCGACUACUGGAAGUCACAGCCAAAGAAAUUCUGUGAUUACUGCAAGUGUUGGAUAGCAGACAAUAGGCCUAGUGUUGAAUUUCAUGAAAGGGGAAAAAAUCAUAAGGAAAAUGUGGCAAAGAGGAUCAGUGAGAUUAAACAGAAAAGCCUGGAUAAAGCAAAGGAAGAAGAAAAGGCAUCAAAGGAGUUUGCUGCAAUGGAGGCAGCUGCCCUGAAAGCAUACCAAGAGGAUUUGAAAAGACUUGGCUUAGAGUCAGAAAUUUCAGAGCCAACCAUAUCACCAGUAACCCCCACUAUUCCACCCACCUCUGCAUCAAAUCAACAGAAAGAAAAGAAGAAGAAAAAAAAAGAUCCUUCAAAGGGUAGAUGGGUAGAAGGCAUAACCUCUGAGGGUUAUCAUUACUAUUAUGAUCUCAUCACAGGAGCAUCUCAGUGGGAGAAACCUGAAGGAUUUCAAGGAAACUUAAAAAAGACAGCAGUGAAGGCCAUUUGGGUAGAAGGUUUAAGUGAAGAUGGUUAUAGCUAUUAUUAUAAUACAGAAACAGGAGAAUCCAAAUGGGAAAAACCUGAUGAUUUCAUUCCACAUACUGGAGAUAUGCUUUCUAGUAAAAUUGAUGAAAAGUCACUUGGCACCAUAGAAGACUCCAAAUCAUCAGAUUCACACAGUGAUUCUGAUGGGGAAAAGGAAGCAGAAGAAAAGGUUUCCACAGAAAAAAAAAAGCUAAUAAUAAAGUUUAAGGAAAAAAAUAAAAAGAGUAAUGAAGGAACUGACCCAGAAAUGCAGAAGGAAAAAAGUAUCCCAAAACAGAAUUCAUCAGGUCCAAAUGAAGAAAAACCCAAAACUCUUAAAAAGCCAAAUCCAUAUGGGGAAUGGAAAGAAAUUAAACAAGAAGUCAAAUCUCAUGAAGAGGUAGAUUUGGAACUUCCAAGCCCUGAAAAUGAAUAUGUGUCAACUUCAGAAGGUGAUAUUGGGGAACCCAAAGUGGUAUUUAAAGAAAAAACAGUUACUUCUCUUGGAGUUGCAGCAGAUGGUGUGGCCCCAGUUUUCAAAAAGAGAAGAAUCGAAAAUGGAAAAUCUAGAAAUUUAAGGCAACGAGGUGAUGAUCAAUAAUUGUAAAAGCAUUUUAUAUGUGUGUUUUGGACAGAAUGGAGACUUACUCUUCUUAAAGUUUCUCCGUGCUUGUUGUUGUACACUGAUGCUAAAAUUGACUUAUUCUAAAUGUAUUUUAUGUGAAUUAAAAUAAUAAAUCUUUUUUUAUGUGAAAUUUAUUUUUGUUCCUAAAAUGGAAACCUACCAUGUUCAAUUGUAAUACAGUGUAUUAUGUUGGGUGUCUAAAAAUUGUUAAUUAUGCCAUCAUUUAAGAUGCUAUGUAUCUGUUAUUUAAAACAUGGAAAUAUAAGAUAAGACCUUUAUUCUUA